UGAAAACAUAGGAAAAUAUAAAUUCUUAUAUCACGUGAAUAUGAAUUUUGGUAAGUAAAUCAUGAUUUAUACAACCAACCACUCUCCCAAUCAAGUCGAACCAUUUGGCUGACAAAAUCUCUCCCACAUCAACAAAAAAAGACUACCACCAUCGACAACCACCAAUUCUUCCCGUUUCUAUGGCCUUAUCCACUCCCUCAACCGCCGUCAACACCACCACCACCACCACACACCAACUCCCUAAACUCUUCCACUCUCACUCCUCCCUCUCCACCAUAACUUUUCCGGCCAAACUCACCACCACCCACCACCUCUUUUCAGCUACACCCAUCUCAAAAUGGAGGACCAAUGUCUCUUUUCUAACAUCUUUCUUGAACAAACCCAAAGACGCCAAACCCAUUAAAGAAGAGCUUCUUGACGCCAUUGCUCCCCUUGAUCGUGGCGCUGAAGCUUCCGCUGAAGACCAACAGACAAUCGAGGAGAUAGUUCAAAAACUUGAAGCAGCAAAUCCAACAAAAGAUCCUCUCAAGUCUCCUUUACUAGAUGGAAAAUGGGAACUCAUAUACACCACUUCACAAUCCAUUCUACAAACUAAGAGACCCAAGUUCCUUAGGUCACGUGUAAACUAUCAAGCGAUUAAUGUAGACACACUGAGAGCUCAAAAUAUGGAAUCGUUUCCUACCUUUAACCAGGUAACAGCGGAUCUAACACCAGUGAACUCCAAAAAGGUAGCAGUGAAAUUUGAUUACUUCAAGAUUGUGGGAUUGAUACCGGUUAAAGCACCCGAUUCAGCUCGAGGUUCACUUGAGAUAACAUAUUUGGAUGAAGAAUUGAGGGUCUCAAGGGGCGAUAAGGGAAACUUGUUUGUUUUAAAGAUGAUUGAUCCUUCUUACCGAAUCCCCACAUGA